UUCUCUCUCUCUCUCUCUCUCUCCACAUUUUCCAUUUAUAGAAUGCUUAAUCGCUAGAAGACUGGUGGAAGAUCUGCUAAAUUAAUUGAUUGCUGUCUGAAAGGGAUCGUCGGAUCAUUUUUUGUCGCAAAAAUGACGAGGAAGAAAAUCCAGAUAAAAAAGAUCGAGAACACGACGGCAAGGCAGGUGACUUUCUCUAAGAGGAGGAGGGGCCUGUUUAAGAAGGCUCUGGAGCUCUCAACUCUCUGCGGCGCUGAAAUAGCUCUCAUAGUCUUUUCUGCUACCGGAAAGCUCUUUCACUACGCCAGCUCAAGUAUGCAGCAGGUAAUUGAAACACGAAAAAAUCUGCAUUCAAAGGAUCUCGACAAAAUGGACCAACCAUCUUUCGAGUUCCAGAUUGACAGCAGUACCUACACCUUGUUGAGCAAUGAAAUCGUGGAGAAGACUCAUGGACUGAGGCAGAUGAUGGGAGAAGAGCUCCAACUAUUGAAUAUAGAAGAACUACAGAAACUAGAGGAACUUCUCGACGCCGGCUUGAGGCGCGUUUUAAAGGCAAAGGAUGAUAGAUUUCUAGAAGAGAUCAGUGCCCUUAAGCGGAAGGGAGCCCAACUGGUGGAGGAUAAUCAGCGACUAAAACAGUUUCAGCAGAUGGAGAAUCAGUUAAUGAUUAAAACACAUGUAACUGAACAAGGUCAGUCAUCUGUGCCAAUCACCAAUAUUUGCAGCUCAGCUGAUCCUCCUCAACACCAAGACAACGACGAUACUUCUCUCAAGUUGGGGUUAAGUUUCCCUUACUGAGUUUGAACGAAAAAGAUUAAAGAAGGUCAAGAGCGAGUACUACAUGCGACACAUUUCCUCAAUUGAAAAACAAGCAUGUCUGAGUAAAACCCAUGCAGCUCACUGUUGAAGAAAAAUUCUUGUAAGACAGAUUUGUUUCCACAAGUUGAUCAAAAGAAUUUGGUGAUCAGCAAUAGAUAAUGCUUAAUAUAUAUAUAUAUAUAUAUGUACCGUUGAGACUGAUUUCAAAAGAAGCUAUUGACGAGAUGCAUAAAAUCAUGUACCAUUGAUGAAGCUAUUGACGAUAUCCACAUUCUCUAAACUAGUGCUUUUUGUAUUCUUGGUUUCUGGUCUGACUUUGAUAUUGAAUGAUUAC